AUGAAGUCAUCAUUAUCACCGGACGCCCCGAGAGUUGAAGGGCUAUCAAGAACGGAAUCUCGUUACAGUGGACGACGGUCAGAGCACCGCCCUUACACCCUCCGUCCGCAAGCACUUUUACACCCUCCGUCCGCAAGCGCCCUUACACCCUCCGUCCGCAAGCGCCCCUACACCCUCCGUCCGCAAGCACUUUUACACCCUUUGUCCGCAAGCGCCCUUACUCCCUCCGUCCGCAAGCGCCCCUACACCCUCCGUCCGCAAGCGCCCUUACACCCUCCGUCCGCAAGCGCCCCUACACCCUCCGUCCGCAAGCGCCCUUACACCCCCCGUCCGCAAGCGCCCCUACACCCUCCGUCCGCAAGCGCCCUUACACCCUCCGUCCGCAAGCGCCCCUACACCCUCCGUCCGCAAGCGCCCCUACACCCUCCGUCCGCAAGCGCCCCUACACCCUCCGUCCGCAAGCGCCCUUACACCCUCCGUCCGCAGAACCCUUAUACCCUCCACACUAUCCUUCACUCCCAAACCUGCGGUAGUAACCAUGCCCCACCACCGUCCAUCAGCGACGGAUGUAAUCACGCAAUCACAGUGUAUUGGUAUUGGAUAAAAAAGAAGAAAACUGACUGCAUAAUGAACUUGUCUAACGGGAAGAGCGGGCAAGAAGUUGCAUCCUCGUCUCAGGUCUCUCCAGGCGUAGUACAGAGCAUCCGCGUGUAA